CGAAGUUUCUCGAAGGUUCCCGAAACUGCCGAUCGGCCCAAACGGUCCGGGGAAGCCGGAAGAGGCGGUCACUUCUUUCCUUGUCAGUCAUUCCGCCUGUCUUCAUCAGAAGCGACCGGCGUUUCUCCUUCAUCGGACAUGGAGCUGCUUUGCUACAACCGAGGAUGCGGCCAGCGCUUCGACCCGGCCACCAACACGGAAGAAUCAUGCAUAUAUCACCCAGGCGUACCUGUUUUUCAUGAUGCUCUUAAAGGCUGGUCAUGCUGUAAAAGAAGAACGACAGACUUUUCUGAUUUCUUAAGCAUUAAGGGUUGCACCAAGGGCUUCCAUAAUAGUGAGAAACCCCCUGAACCAGUCAAACCUGAAGUGAAAACUACGUCUGAACGAAAAGAAUUAGCUGAUCUGAAACCUAAAUUUCAAGAGCACAUAAUUCAAGCACCAAAGCCAGUAGAAGCAAUUCAAAGACCAAGUUCUGAUGAACCAAUGAGCUGCUUGCAGUUAAAAGUAUCAGCGUCCUUGAAACAAUCGUUAGAAAAGCUAAAAGCAUCAUCGGAAAAUGAAAUUAAAAAAGAAGAUGAUAGCGAUGAGAUAAAGAUUGGGACUCCAUGCAAAAAUGCAGGCUGUUCAAAGACAUUUGAAGGACCAGGCAGCAUGGAAGACGCAUGUAUCUAUCAUGCUGGUGUGCCUAUAUUCCAUGAAGGGAUGAAGUAUUGGAGUUGCUGUAAGAGGAAAACAUCAGACUUCAAUACUUUUUUGGCUCAAGAGGGCUGCACAACGGGAACACACCUAUGGAUUAAGAAGGAUGCCGGGAAGAAGGUGGUGCCGUGCAGACACGACUGGCAUCAAACUAGCCGUGAAGUAAUAAUUUCUAUCUAUGCAAAGAAUUCCAUUCCUGAACUGAGCCGGGUAGAGGCAAACAGUACAUUACUAAAUAUCCAUAUUGUGUUUGAAGGUGAUAAGGUGUUCAGUCAAAAUCUGAAUUUAUGGGGUGUGAUUGAUGUGAAAAGGAGCUACGUAAAUAUGAUGGCUACAAAGAUCGAGCUCGCCAUGAGGAAAGCGGAGCCCAUGUUAUGGGCAGGCUUGGAACUCCCAGCGUCCAAAUUGCAACCCAAAGAGCCUCAAAACAUCGUAGAACAAGCUUGAAAUCGGAAAGUUGGCUGGUUCCGUGUGCCUGGUGAAAUGGUGACUUGGCAUUUUAACACAAAAUCAAUUUUGUAGGCAGCCACUUUAAAAAAAAAAAAAAUCAUUCCAGCUCGAGCGUAGUGCAUGGCUUUUAAGCAGUAGGGCAGACCGCUGGUUUUAUUGUACCGACUCCUUAAUUCGCCCAAUUUCGACUGAUGCUUGCAAACCUCAGAAUUUCCUCUGCCAUCGUUUUACAAAGGGAGUGUGUGUUCUCAUUGGCCCAAACUAAAUAAUCAUCUCGAACAUCCCCCAGGAAGCAGUCUCUUAUAUGUUGAAAAUCCAAGUUAAAUUUUCAUUGGUAGUUGGAUGCGUGCAAGAUUGUUUCUCAGUCUAUAGCAAGGAGAGCACAAGGGGCUAUUGCUGCAUUUCUGUCUUGUCUUUUUUUAUGUCAUUAAAUGCAGAAAUAAAACGGUAGAAGUUUUAGGCUUGCCUGUGCAAAGAAGUUGGUAAUCUUUUUUUAAAAUUAUUAUUAUUCCUUGGAAUUCAAGAAAUAUAUUGCCAAUGAACUGCUAGGCUACCUCUGUGCACUUAUUCAGAAAGCCAAGGCUUUCCAAGACAAAAAAACAGGCACUGGGAAUUUUAGGUCCGUUUAGUUUGUUUCUCUUAAGCCUUGUCCUCAUCCAGAGGGGAAAUAGCACAGACAAAAUGUCCAAUAUGUGCACAUCGGAUUUUGGUGGCUAUGCUUUUCCGAUCAGUUUCUCCAUCUCCUUUGUGGUAAAGCAAUGAAGGCAACUCGGUUUAUACUUUCAGUUUGCUACCUUUUUGCCAAAAGUGUAGAGAAAGUUGGGAGGGCUGAAAUACAUGCCACAAUGGUCAACUUCAAGCAAAACAAGUGUCUUUGCGCAAAUUGUGAAUUGUGUUGCAGUAUGUUACUGUAUUUUUAUAUACUUGAAGAUGGCAAAAACUACUAUAGAGGCAGAACGACUCAUUGGCAUCGCUCAAGUCAUAAGUGAUUGCACAAAAAAGGGGGGCCUCUUUUUUAAAAGCACGUGUUACUUGUAUCUAUAAUGCUUUUUUUUUUUAAAAAAAAGGUUUUAAUCCGGAAGUUGUUGGAGGUAAAUAAAGCAGCCUUUUGUGAUUGUAAUUCUUAAUAAGUGUUUUAAAACAGUUUAAACUGAAUUUUCUAAGAAAAGAUAACUCUAGAACAAGGGGCCCCACUCCCCCAGUCUUGGCCCGCAAGCAGCACAUGAAGUGCCCACGUGAAGCUGCAUUGGUGCAAGUGGCAUGCACAACACACGAAACUCUCCCCACCUUGCCACCGCUGGUCCACAAAGCAAGCAAUGUUGGGAACGCUGCUCUAGAAGGUAGACAUUAAUAAACCAUACAACUUCAGAAUGUGCUUCUUCUGUCCUUUGCGCUCCGAUUAGCUUUGGAACAUCUGCUUUUCUGAUCUGGAUGGUCUGCUUCUUUGAAUUUCUGCCUAAAAGCUACCACGCUGUACCCCGAUCACCCUUGAAUGCAAGUUUCCUGCAUUCAGGGGUCUGGAGAAGCCAUUCAGUGAGUGACAGACCCUGCCAGCAACUUCUGUUAUACCCAGCUGAUUCUUUUGGUGAUUAUAGAUAUUUCCUGUGGCUUGAUCUUUGAGCAAGACUGCAAAUUGCAUAAAGACAAGUCAAGCAGAAUUUUAAUUGCAGACAAAGUAGAGCAGGGUGAAUACAAACACUUCUGAUAUUUGAAAGCAAAAAGAAAAUCCCUCUAAGAGCUAAGCCGUGGUUUAAAAUAACAUGUAAAAAUUGGCGGAGAACGUGCAACAAAUCCAAGUUGAUCCUAAUUGUCUACUUAAAAGUUUCUGGAGAGUAAUUUUCCAACAAGAGGUCAAUUUAGUCUCAAAUGGUUGCUCUUCAUUAACAAUGUAUUUUUACUUCCCAGCAUUGUCACGUUUCAUUAGCAUGACACUUGGAUCCAGUUCAUAUUGCUCACCAGUUUGUUCAAAUGGCGCUAGCAAGACUUGAAUCCAAUAGCUGCAGGCGCCUUUGGAGAACAGUUCUCCACGCCCCAGAUUGUUGUUGCACCUUCAUUUACUUUCCUUGAUAAAUGUCUUGAUUUUUAACCACAGAAGUUACCGUACUGUAACUUUCCUGAGGGUUUUUUUUUUUUUUGCUGCCCUUGAAAUAAGCCGUUGGCACUGGAGUGCAGUGAACCGUUUCCCCAGGUUUCUGUGGUUCAAGCCUAUUUAGGGAUCGGUUGAUUUUAUGGAAUCCUUCCCAGUACUGUGUAUUCCUGAUGGGACUUGACAGCAUUCUUUGUCUGCCAUUUUUGCAGUCUCCUGUUUGCAGGGCUCCUCAGUUUUAGCAACUUUUAAGACUUGUGGACUUCACCUCCCAGAAUUCUUCAGCCAGUCAUGCUGGCUGGGAAAUUCUGGAAUUUGAAGUCUGCAAGUCUUGAAGUUGCCAUGGUUGGGGACCCCCGGUUAUUGGCAAGAAAAAAAAUGCUGGUCAAUCAUUUAGCUUGGGGUGUUACAAUUGCAAGCUUUCAUGUCUCAAUUUGGGCAGUUGCUCCGUGGACUCUUGUGCCAUUUCAAGCACAAUUUUCAUGUUUAUAGUUGAAUCACUUCUUUCCAAGUAAAAUGCAUGGGCAUUCUUAAUGCAAAGCAUGUUUAAAUUGGGACCCACAUUUUAUUAAGACAUCAGUGCUAUACAGCCAAGUCACCAUUUCCACAGUCAGUACUGUUGGUUUUUUGUCUUGGAAAAAAAAAAGAUAUAUUCUGUAUAGGUAAUAAAGAUAUCUGCUUUAAAUUAUAGCAUGAGAAGUAUUUUUAAAAAAUCAGUGGCUGAUUUUUUUUUCAUACCGUACCUAAGAACUUCAGUUGUGUAUGGAAAGUGAAGAAGAAAGGUGUCUGGAACACUAGGUUUUUCAAAUGCUUUUCUUUUCUUCUCUUCUUUGUUUUCCCAUGCAUGGAUGUUUGUUUUAAAUUGUGUUGGAGGAUGUUUGUGGUUUCAUGCCUUGAAAUAUUUUUUACAAAUUUUGAAAUAAACAAUUUAGUGCAUAAAUUCUACCUUUUUGAACGAAUUACGAGAAUAUUUUAUUUAUUUGUUUGUUGUAUGUAAGACCUGUUUGCUCAGACCCAUAAAAGAUUAGUUGAAUGUUCUGGCUUAUAUUGUGUAAGUUUGUGCAGAGGAUGUAUGUUAUUGACUAUUUCCAUCAAACCCAUUGGCAAUUUAACACCACAGAAGGGCCCCCACAGAGAAUGCUUUUAUCAUACUUAUCAUAGAAGAGCUGAGAGAUUGCUUUAAGCAAAGUUCAGGUAUAUAUUUCUCAAAACAGCAUUAGCUUCAUCCACAGAGGAUCAAUCUACCCUAAACUUUCUCAACCUGGUUUGAGGUUAAUUAUGCACAACAAGCAAUGUAGCCUCAACACAUCUGAAGAAUACCAUUUGCAGGAAAGCUGUACUCUAUGCUAUUAGGUAGCUA